CUCUGAAAACUUGACCUUAUCAAAUUGUCGCCCUGACAAGCCAAAUUUUUUGGAUUAUCGGACAAAAACCAGCACGGAUCACAAGAAACAACUUCAAGGACAUCUGCUGUUGACUUCUACAUGACCUCGACAGGUUAUAGCUGGAGUAUUUUCGUAUUCAGAUUUUUAGCAGCUUUGGGGUAUAAGAAAUCUCUAAAAAUUUAAUUUAAUAAGACUCUUGGACAGAUUUUAAGAUUUUUUUUGAUCUGAAGCUCAAAUAAAAUGAAGUCACUGAAUGGCAUGUAUUUGAACAAAGCAAACAAGCAUGCAAAUGAGAGGUAACAAGAGCCUGCUAGCUACUACAAUGCGGGCUUUUCUCAGAUACAUAUGGAUCUACCGUAGGCUUUGCUUGAUUGUACUUACGCCAUUACUAUUGCUGCCUGUGCCACUUAUCAUCAAAACCAAAGAAGUAGAAUGUGCUUAUGUGCUCUUCAUAGUUGCCAUUUUCUGGCUCACCGAAGCUUUGCCCCUUUCUGUGACUGCUUUCCUGCCAGCUUUGAUGUUUCCCCUGUUUGGAAUUCUACCAUCUAAAGCAGUUGCAGCUACCUAUUUCAAAGAUUUUCAUCUCUUGUUGACUGGGGUAAUUUGUUUGGCAACCUCGAUAGAAAAAUGGAAUUUGCACAAAAGAAUCGCCCUAAGAAUGGUCAUGUUAGUGGGUGUCAAUCCUGGAUGGCUUAUGUUGGGAUUUAUGUUUAGUGCUGGAUUCCUGUCCAUGUGGCUUAGCAACACCUCAACGGCUGCCAUGGUGAUGCCCAUAGUGGAAGCUGUAGCACAGCAAAUCAUAAAUGCAGAAGCAGAAGUAGAUGCAAUGCAAACAAGUUCAUCAGGUGGCAUUAACAAUGAGGCAUUAGAACUUGAUGAAAAAAUAUGUGACAGUCAGUCAAAGAGUUCAGAAUUGAAACCUGUUAAUGGAUACAGUAAUGGUUGUGUUACAACUUAUAACACUGAAACAAAGGCGCCAAUGGAAGAAUACCAAGAAUACAGAAAUGAAGCAUGCAGUGAACAGAAAAUUGAGGUAGAAGAGGAACAACCAGUUUCAUCAGACAAAAAGAGAUACAGAAGUAAAAAAGACCACAUGAUGUGCAAAGCAAUGGGUCUUUGUAUAGCAUAUUCAUCAACAAUUGGAGGACUCACCACAAUUACAGGAACAUCAACAAACUUAAUCUUUGCUGAGCAAUUCAACACGCGCUACCCAGAUAGCACAGACAUAAAUUUUGGAACAUGGUUCAUACUUUGCAUUCCAAUCACUGUUAUUCUAAUGAUUCUUUCAUGGAUCUGGUUACAAUGGCUCUACUUUGGAUUUGACUUUAAGGACAUGUUCAGAUGCGGCAAGGAAAAGACAGACAGAGAAAAAGCUUCAGCAAAAGUGAUUAAGGAUGAAUAUGAAAAGCUGGGGCCAAUAAGCUAUCAAGAAAUAAUUACUUUAAUACUGUUCAUAUUAAUGGCUCUGCUAUGGUUCACCAGAGAUCCUGGUUUUAUUCCUGGAUGGUCUUCUCUGUUCCCCAAGUAUAAAGGAUAUGCUACAGAUUCUACAGCUGCAUUGCUUUUGGGCCUUCUUUUCUUUAUCAUACCAGCAUACCCAUUGAUUCGGGGAACCAAUAACAAAAGCAAUACUUUUAGCUACGUUCCACUUAUCACUUGGAAGGAAUUUCAGGCCUGUAUGCCAUGGGAUAUUUGUAUUCUUGUUGGAGGUGGAUUUGCCCUGGCAGAAGGUUGUGAGGUAUCUGGUCUGUCUCUGUGGAUCGCUAACAAGAUGACUCCACUUGGGUCAUUGCCAAUAUGGAGUGUUGUUCUUAUCUCAUGUAUAAUAGUUACAACAGUAACCGAAGUGGCAAGCAAUCCAGCUACAAUCACAAUCUUCUUGCCUAUUCUAGCACCGUUGGCUGAAGCAAUAAAUGUACACCCCCUAUAUAUCCUCAUUCCUACAACUCUGUGCACCUCUUUUGCCUUCCUACUUCCUGUAUCCAACCCACCAAAUGCUAUUGUGUAUUCCUAUGGUCAUCUGCAAGUUAUGGAUAUGGUGAAAGCUGGCCUUGGAAUUAAUAUCAUGGGUGUCCUUGUGGUAAUGCUAGCCAUCUCAACAUGGGCAUAUCCAAUGUUCAAUCUAGAUACUUAUCCUUCCUGGGCACCUAUCAUCACCUCUCCUACAAACAGUACAAUACCAUAGAAGAAAUGUCAUUUCUGUGGAACAUCUUUUUACCAGUACUCAUAUACUACUCAUAAUACUGUAUGAUCCAUGUCCGUUUGAAUUUGUAUAAGAGUAUUUCAUUCAUAUUCUUCCCAGUUAACGUCUCCACUUCCUUUUGAGAUGUUUAUUUUCAUACAGCAUUUUCAUGUUUUAUUGUGUUCAGGUGAGUCCCAAAGCUUUAUUUACCCUUUUUAGUGCCAAUCUUAUUGAGGUGUUUGACAACCACAAGGCUUAUUAAUGGAGCACUAUUGUCAACCAAUAGUUGACAAUAGAGAACAGAUUUCAGUUUACAGGAUUGAUGUCACCAGAGUGAUUAAUAGCUCCACACACUGGUAACAAAAUGCUCAGAAUUGCUACUUAUGUAUGACACCGAUAUCCAUAUACAGCAACAAAAAUACUUUUAGCCUGCAUGUUUUAAGUUCUGAGGAACCUACCACAGUGUCAAUUAAUCUAUGGAUUAAACACUGAAAAAACAUAAAAGCUACACAUGUCAUAUGCACAUAUACCACUCAUCAUUCAUUUCAGUAUUUUAGUUUCAUAUAUAUUCCCAUAUAAAUGAACCCAAAUUACCAAAUUAGAUUUAUGUUGUGUUAAGCUUCAAUUCAAAGAUUGAGUGGAACAAUUUAACCGAGGAACCCUGAAGAAUUUUAAGCAGUUAGAAGGCAUUCUCAUUCUCACAUUGUCAUUAGUGUCUAUAAACAUUUGGGUGGGUAUACCUUUUAUAAGAUACUACAUUAAUGGGGUUAUUUUUUAAAGGUUGAGUUGUUUUUACCUGAAAAAUUUUAUAUUUUGAGGGUAUUUUUCAGGCAAAACUCGAAUUUUCAGGUUAAAAAAAAACAAAUUUUUCAUUUUCUUUUUUAAAAAAAACUCACAUUUUGUGAGAUUUAUUAUACCCCAGACCUGGAAAUAUCUUAAACCUGAAAAUACUACAGCUUAAACUUGUUGAGGUCAUGUAGAAGUCAAUUGUAGAGGUCCCUUCAACCAUUUGAAGAUGUUUGUAGCCUUCCUGAUAUUUUU